CCUGAGGGCUACAAAGACACACACGCGAUACCCUGACCACGUUAGUUGAAUAUCAGCGAGUGGAUAGAGCGCAUUGGGACUGUAGUGUGUUCUUUCCUUUGUAAUCGAAGAUUUCUUGUUCUGUUCCCAGAGGAGCCAAGAUGAUGGACGUCGGGAGCGGGGUGGACGGCAGCCAAGGCGCGCAGUACCCCACGGGAUAUGCCCCAGUCUCUUCCUUGCAGGAUUUCUAUUCCAACUCGCAGCAUUGCUCUUAUUCCAAUCCAAGUCGUUUCGGUCAGACAACAGUGUAUCGGGGCCACCCCCACUUCCCAAACCCCCUCCACUCCUGGCUGGGUACAGACAAAAUGGCGGCAGCGGCAGCCACUGGUCCCUCCGCCUACAACACACCCGGAUCUUCAUGGCACACGCCCUUUGCUAAAACUUAUCAGCCUACACCCGCCCACCAAACCCAUCAGACUGCUCAGGGUUACGCCCCUUAUGGAUACCCACCUACUCCACCGGAUGAGACGCCCACGGCACAAACAAAUCAGCAGGGGCCCCCCCAACCACAGGCACAGGAGCAGCCCAUGAGUACGAGUCCUUUGCCCCAACAGCCAACGCAGCAACCUCAGCAGCAGGACGCAUCGGUGGCAGCAGCAGCAGCAGCAGCAGCAGCAGCAGCCGCCGCUGGAGGGGCGUCGGGCGCCCGCUUGACCCCGGAAAGAUUAACUUCGUCUCCCGUGGCCGGAGGAUCCUCCAACCUGGACAUCAAGUGCGACCCCUCCUACACACCGGCCUUCAGUUGCUCGUCCUUCUCUUCGAAGCCAGCCCUCUCCCUCUCUCCCGCCCACUCCACAGCCCACCCAACGGGAUAUACCGGGUAUCCUGCACAUUCCUCCAUGGAUUUCGCCCACACUGGUUAUUCCAGCUUCUAUCCGUCCUCUGGAAUGUCAUCCAUGUUCAGCAAACCAUUUUCUGCCGUCCCCUCCUCCAUGUCGCCUUCGCACGAGAAAUCCAAAAAUUCAAAGAGGUCGAGCACAGAGGGUCGGGAAUGCGUCAACUGCGGAGCGACGUCGACGCCCCUUUGGCGUCGGGACGGCAACGGCCACUACUUGUGCAACGCCUGCGGCCUCUACUACAAGAUGAACGGCCAGAACAGACCGCUCAUCAAACCCAAGCAGCGCACGUCGGCCAACCGUCGUGAGGGCACAUCCUGCGUCAACUGCAAGACGCAAACAACGACGCUUUGGCGACGCAAUCAGAAUGGCGAACCGGUCUGCAACGCCUGCGGCCUCUACUACAAACUCCACAACGUAGCUCGUCCUCUGUCCAUGAAGAAGGAAGGAAUCCAGACCCGUAACCGCAAGUUGAGCCAGAAAUCGAAGAAGAAGAAGGGAAUGCUCGGUUUACCAGACAUGUUGAAGCCUUUGGACAAAGGAGGCUUUGGAGGUUUCGGCGCGGGUGGUUCGGGCUUCGGAUCGAUGUCUCACUACAUGUACGGAGGGCAGAUGCACGGCUCUUCCAUGGCCGGAGGCUUCAUGUCAGCGCCGCCCAUGCACGGGAUGUCCAUGUCAGGCGGCCUGGGAAGCUUUGGUCUAUCGUCGGCCGCCGCAGCCUCAGCGGCCUCCCUGGGUCUCAGUUCGGGGUUUUGCACAGUAGCUGCGUAGGGAACCUUUGAGGAUUCAUCGUUGUUUCAUGAACACUUCAUGAAGUCCAGUUAAUGGGACACAUUACCUGAUGUUACCCAUGCUCAGGAUAUGGGUUUUAUGGGGCAUACGCCCUUUUGUACAAAGAGAGUGCCUGCGAGUAGCGGGGAACCUGAUGGUAGAGCCAAGGAAUGACGAAGAUUGAUUAGUGGAAUGUAUUUGGCAUUUCGAAGACUGCUGUUGCAGACACCAACAAAGAAUCAAAUCACCGUUACUAAUAGUAAUGUCUCGAUGAGAGGGUGAUUGGUUGACUGGUUGGAACUUAUCAGGAAUUGUAACGACCAGCACCAUGGUUAGAGUCAAAAGGGAGCUCGAAGACUAUGGUGUCAUGACCUUUAGUAAACUGAACUCAAAUACAAAAUAAAUUUGCAAUCCACUCUCCUCAUUAGAGUCUUCAUCUGUCUUACUGGGAAGCAGUGAACUCGAAAUGAUGGUGGUAGAUUGACUCGGCGCUUGGUACAAAAGAAGAGUGAGACGAGGAAAAGCCGGCAUUUUUGUGUGAUGAGGAGGAGGAGGAUCUGACUGACUGAAAAAUGACGCGGAGUCGAUCAGGUGUUCAGUUGGUGAGAGGAGUCGCUGGCGUGUGUUAAGAAGUGUUUGUGAGGUCGUCACUGUACCUGUAGUGGGAUGGUAGCAGAGGCAGUAGCUGGGGCCAUGUAACGAUGCAAAAUACCUUGAGAUAGUUAAAGUCCAGACUGUACAGUGUAUAUAGUGUAAAAUAGAAUGAAUAGAUAUUAUUUAAUACAUCACCAAUUUCUUGUCCUAGUUUUAAGGAACGCAUCAUAUUGCAUAUUGUAAUAUUGUGUUAUGUAAUUAUGUGAUACAAAAUAAAGAGAUUUUUACA